AUGACGACGAAGGUUCUCUACACAGUGAUAGUUUAUUCCAAUAAACAACAACGCCUCAUAAUCGCAUGUCACCCGCGUCAUGACACGCAUCAUUACAGAGGUAUUGUGAUAUCUGCAAUGCAAGACUUGACGAGCAUUGAGGAGGACCGAAUAAGCAUCACUCGUGAUAAAUUCACGGUUCACCUGUUGUUCGGAGAAUUGUGGUAUGCCUGCUUGACGCCAAUCGAAGGAUCACCUGUAGAGGCGUCACAAGUUGCAUUCGAAGCUCAGGGAUUUUUGAAACACGUGAGAUCUGUCUACCGAGAGCUGCCUAUUCUGGCGGAUCUGUCGAGAGAGUUGCCUAACAGUUCGGCCGGCGAUCUCUCCCGUCCUUUGGGCAAGAUCAUGGAAGACUACGGACACGAUACUAUCGUGAAUAUCACGCCGAAAGUUCAUCAGGAACUGCAGGAUAUUAGAACGAUCUUGUUGGAUUCCGUGCAGAGACUCAUUGACAGGGGCGAGAGGCUUGAUGAGUUGGUGAAGAAGGCGCAGACGUUAGAGAUUACGGUGCGAAAAGACUUCCGCCUGACGCCAAAAUCCACCAAAGACAAAAAUAAAAAUUGCUUCGCUCCAUUCGCAGCCGCUGUAAUGCUCAUAUCAAGUUUGGCAUUCGCAAUUCUCUUGUACAUCGAAAUAUUUUCGUAA